AUGACCACAACUCCGGUUAAAAAGCCGUUGAAGAAGCCUGGCUCGGGCUCGGGGUCUCUGAAAAUGAAGCAGCUGUCAUUGAUGGCUUUCUUCAAACCAGCACCUACAAAGACGCCCUCUAGUCCUCUUAAGUCCAAGGGGCCCGAGGUUGAAAGCGAUAAAGACAUUGACUCGAGCAUGAUGGAGGACACUACAACUGACACGCCUUUGACGCUGGAAACGAACCAUGUGCCUGCCAAAGAGCCUAAUCUUCAAUCAUCCCCAGUUAGAGAGUCAAAGCCAAAGGAGGAGAUCCAGCCCAAGAAAAAAGUGUCCAAGCCUAAGCAAGAGUCGAGUUCUAGCCCAAAUAAUGGCUCGCGCAGAAACAAGAGCGUCAGCUACGCGGAAUCCGACUCUGAGGACGAAGAUGUGCCCAGCAGACGGAAGAGAAGAAGAGUCGUGGAGAGCGACGAUGAGGACGACUUCAAGCCUACGGAGGAUGCUGACGACGACGACGACGAGCACAUGAGUGACUUUGUGGUGAACGAGGACGAGAGCGACGUCGCUCUGAUGGAUGAAGAUGACGAUGACGAGGAUUCUUACGCAUCGGCAAAGCCAGCCAAAAAGAAGAGCCCCAAGUCCUCGGCCCAAUCGCCUCCUGCAAAGGCCGUGAACCUCGCUAGCUCCAAUUUGGGCAGCAAGUUCACAGCGUCCUCGAGUUACACAGCCCUGGCGGCUGCAAAGCCAGCGGCCAAACCAAAACCUCAGAAGAAGUCAUUCGCCAAAGAGAACGAGGAGAGGUAUCAAUGGCUUGUGAACAUAAAGGAUGCUGAGAAGAGAACCGUGGACGAUCCAGACUACGACUCCCGUACGCUUUACAUUCCUUCAUCAGCGUGGGCAAAGUUCACUGCAUUUGAGAAACAGUAUUGGGAGAUCAAGAGCAAAAUGUGGGACACAGUUGUGUUCUUCAAGAAGGGAAAAUUUUACGAAUUGUACGAGAAUGAUGCGGUCAUUGCCAAUACCCAGUUUGAUUUGAAAAUCGCCGGCGGUGGAAGAGCAAACAUGAAGUUGGCUGGUAUCCCAGAAAUGUCCUUCGAGUACUGGGCCAAGGAGUUUAUAAGCAAUGGCUACAAAGUCGCAAAGGUUGACCAAAAAGAAUCGCUUUUAGCCAAGGAAAUGAGAGGCGGCGGCACCAAAGAGGAAAAAAUCAUCAAACGUGAACUCACGGGAAUCUUGACCGGUGGUACACUCACUGAUCUUGAUAUGAUCAGUGACGAUAUGGCUACUUACUGUUUGUCUAUCAGGGAGUCCACUAACGAAGAAGGUGAGAAGGUGUUUGGUGCAUGCUUUGUCGACACCGCAACCUCAGAAGUCAAUUUCAUUGAGUUGGUUGACGAUGAAGAAUGUUCGAGAUUGGACACCUUGAUUACCCAGAUCAAACCAAAAGAGAUCUUGUGCGAGAAAAACAACUUGUGCUCAACUGCCGUCAAGAUCAUUAAGUUCAAUGCUCACAACUCUCAUCAGAUUUGGAACCACCUCAACCCAUUUUCUGAGUUUUUGGACUACGAUGCUACCUUGGAGGCAUUGGUCAAAGGCAAAUACUACGAAGCCAAAGACCUUGACGACUUCUCCAAUUAUCCUCAGGUGCUUUUAAAUUUCAAGGAUAAACAUCAUGUGGCCUUCCAUGCGUUUGGUGGCUUGUUGCAUUACCUUAAAUUGUUGAAGCUCGAUGAGAGCAUCAUGUCCUUGGGAAACAUCAAGGAGUAUGAGAUUUCGAAGAGAGGCUCGAACCAUUUACUCCUAGACGGAAUCACACUCAACAAUCUUGAAAUGCUCAACAAUUCGUUUGAUGGUGGAGACAAGGGAACACUCUUCAAACUCCUUAACAAGGCAAUUACGCCCUUUGGUAGGAGAAUGUUGAAAAAGUGGAUACUUCACCCUCUCAUGAAUGUUGACGAGAUCAACGCUAGGUAUGAUGCCAUCGAUUUCUUCAUCAACAAUGAGCCUGAACUUCGUGUUGAAUUAGAAAGCACAUUUGGUGCUCUUCCAGAUUUGGAAAGGCUCAUUGCAAGAGUUCACGCAAAGACAUUACGAUUCAAAGACUUCCUCAAGGUCAUUGAGGGUUUCGAAUCGAUUUCCAAGAUCUUCAAGAAUGUCAAGAAGUUUGACAUAGAAAAGUCAGGUGCGUUGAAGAAGUUCAUAGACCGCUUCCCUGACGAGCUCCAUGAGCUUAUCGAUUCAUGGGAAGAGGCUUUCGAUAGACAGGAGGCUAUGGCGAAUGUGGUUGUGCCUGCUAAGGGUGUCGACGAAGAAUUUGACUCGUCUACUGCAAUUAUGGAGGACCUUGAGAAGCAGCUCAACAACUAUCUUAAAGGGUACAAGAAAGAAUACAAGUCGCAUGAGAUCUGUUUUAGAGACUCAGGAAAGGAGAUCUUCCUCAUCGAAAUGCCAAUCAAAAUCAAGUCGAUUCCAAAGGACUGGCAACAGAUGGGCGCAACAUCGAAGGUCAAGAGAUACUGGUCUCCAGAGGUGAAGGCCACGGCAAGAAGUCUUAUGGAACAAAGGGAAACUCACAAGACCGUUUGCGACAACUUGAUUCUGAGAAUGUACCAAAGAUUCGACAAACACUACGAUUUGUGGAUGUCUGCAAUCAAAAUCGCCAGCAACAUCGACUGCUUGCUUGCUUUGACAAAAACGUCCGAGACAAUCAGCUUCCCAUCUUGUCGUCCAACAUUCAUUUCAGAUUCGGAUGCCAAAAUCGAAUUUGACGAGCUUCGACACCCAUGUUUCUUAGGUACCAGUGACUUCAUACCAAAUGAUGUUCACCUUGGAGGAUCCGAAGCCAGUUUCAACUUGCUAACUGGUGCCAAUGCUGCUGGUAAGUCGACACUUAUGAGAACAACAGCCUUGGCUGUUGUCAUGAGUCAGAUUGGUUGUUACUUGCCGGCCUCGAAAGCUACAUUGACACCUGUUGACAAAAUUAUGACGCGUUUGGGUGCCAACGACAAUAUCAUGCAAGGUAAGUCCACUUUCUUCGUCGAGUUGUCCGAGACAAAGAAGAUCUUGAGUAAUGCCACUUCCAAUUCGCUCGUUAUCCUCGAUGAAUUGGGAAGAGGCGGUUCGUCAAGUGACGGUUACGCCAUAGCCGAAUCUGUAUUGCAUCAUCUUGCCACACAUGCGCAACCUCUCGGGUUCUUUGCCACUCACUACGGAAGUAUGGGUCUCUCUUUUGUGAACCAUCCUCGAAUUAAGGCCAUGAGAAUGGGCAUCGUGGUGGACCAAAAUUCGAGAAACAUUACGUUCUUGUACAAGCUAGAAGAGGGAACCGCAUCGGGCUCAUUCGGCAUGAAUGUUGCUGCCAUGUGUGGAAUUCAGAGUGACAUCGUUGAUAAGGCUGAAGUGGCUGCGAAAGAGUAUGAGCAGACCUCUAAGCUCCUGGAUGAGCACCAAAAGCAGCACAUCAGCAAGAUGAGUAUCGGCCUUCAAAGUGACUUUUCUUGGGCUUACCAGCACUACGGCGAUCUUGAAAAAAGUGUUUUACGAUAUGGCGAAACCGAAAAGGCCAAUGCUCUUGAGUGUGUCUUCCGCAUGAUCGAGACGCUCUAG